AUUCAGGAAGAGGUAGUGUUUCACGAGCUCAGACGUUACUAGCAAAGAUGGCUUGUGGUGACAUGCAUAAAUCCAAUCCUGAUGAGUAUCCAUUCUCAAGAUGUAUGGCUGACAUGGAGAAGGAGUCGUACUUGAGCCCGACAGAAAACCCAUCCACACUUAGUGUCUCCUCCAGUGUCCAAGCAGAACAGCAAGGCUACGAUGUUGAGUUUGACCCCCCACUAGAGAGCAAGUAUGAGUGUCCCAUCUGUCUGAUGGGUCUAAGGUCAGCCGUACAGACACCAUGUGGUCAUCGCUUCUGCAACAGCUGUAUUAAGAAGUCCAUCAGGGACACGGGGCAAAAAUGUCCAGUUGACAAUGAAGUGCUGACGGAGGACCAGCUUUUUCCAGAUAACUUUGCCAAGAGGGAAAUCCUGUCUCUCACAGUGCGCUGCCGCAAUGUUGGCUGUAACGAGAAAAUGGAGCUCAGACACUUGGAGAAUCAUUUGAAGCUCUGUAAAUUUGCCACAAUACCUUGCCUCCAGUGUCAGGAGCAUGUAUGGAAGAAUAGUAUAGAGGAACAUAUGAACCAGGACUGUUUACAUCGCCCGAUCACAUGCCCUGACUGUGCCGAGAGGAUUAUCUAUGCUGACAAACAGUUUCAUGAGCAGAUGUGUCCCUUUGUGAAUACAGCGUGUGAGUACUGUAACAUGGAAUUCAUUCGCGGUCAGUUGUCAUCACACUGUGCCACAGACUGCCUGAAAGCUCCUGUUGCUUGUACUUUCAGCAUGUUUGGUUGUCAAGAAAAGAUGCCAAGGAAUGACCUGGCCCGUCACAUGCAGGAUUUUACACAGAUGCACAUGCGCUACAUGGCUGAGUUUCUGCGGAACCAGACUAUGAAUGGCAUUCCCCCUUCAUGUUCAACCCCUCCAUCUGAACCUCCCAGGGUGGCAGAGCCAUGCCAAUGCAACCAGGACAUGCAGCAGCUACGAGAGACUGUUGUGGAACUCGAGGGCCGCCUUGUGCGCCAGGAUCACCAAAUACGGGAGCUGAGCAUUCGCAAUGAUACACAGCAUACACAGGUGACCGAACUACGUAAGAAACUGGCGUUGCUGGAAGAGAACAUGCACGAGCUGGAAGCACAGCAGUACCAGGGCAUCUAUGUAUGGCGAAUAGAGGGAUUUUCAGGUCACCUGCACCAACAAGAGGCUGGACAGCCAGUCGUACUCCAUAGCCCGCCGUUUUACACGGGAAGACCAGGCUAUAAGGUUUGCCUGCGACUGCACCUGCAGACACCAAGUGCACCACGUUGCUCUAACUACAUCUCGUUAUUUGUGCAUACGAUGCAGGGUGUGUUUGACAGCCAGCUCCCGUGGCCUCUGCAGGGCACCAUCCAGCUGGCUGUGCUGGACCAGGCUGAAGGCCAACACCACGUCGAGGUAAUGGAGACCAAACCAGAUUUGCAGGCCUUCCAAAGGCCCACAGUGCCGCGCAACCCCAAAGGCUUUGGCUACGUCACCUUCAUGCAGCUGCAGGCACUGCGCCAGCGAGGCUUUGUCAGGGACGACGUGCUGCUGGUGCGCUGCGAGGUCAUGCCGCGCUUCGACACCAGCCUCAGGAGAGAGGGCGUGCAACCUCGAGGACCUGAACCAUCUCUUUGAGCUUGCCUUAACCACUUUGCUGUUGCCUUAAAAGUUCUCAGAGACACACCCUGCUCGUACAAAGUUAUCUUUUGCUUUGAGAUGACUUUUACAUGACAUUAUACUUACGUAUGACUUUUUGAAGCAGUGAGCUGAAAGAAUUGUCUUCAAGUACUAUAAAACAGACGGUGCAUUGUUUUCGCACUUCAGAAAUGCUCCCAUGAGAGAAACUAGAAGUAUUAAGAGCAGCUCUGGGUGGUGUACUGUGAAACCAAGAACCUGCCUUGUGUGUGUGUGGGUGCUUUUUUUUUUUUUUUUUUUUAAUAUAAUUUUCUUAAUUGAAUAGCAUUUUGUGAAUUAAUGAUGUCCUCCUGAAGGGUAUGCUGGUAUGUAGCAAAACUAAUAUUUGUAGAUACUUGUACCCUGAAUGCACUGGAGAAAGUACAACAAUUUCUUAACAGCCCCUUCUGUAAUUCAUAAUGAAACUGAACUUAUGGCAGCACAAUCACGCAUACCAAUAAUAGAAAGAAGUCGCCAAAAAAUUACAAAUACAACAAUCGUUGAAUAAUAACCUCAACUUUGUCUGUUAUUCUUCACUUUGUCUUUGGUAAAUAAUUGUUAUAUAAAAUGCUGACAAGAACAUGUAGAUUCCUCAUAAUGAAUAAUUUUUGUUUGCAUUAUACUUUUUGAUUUUUGUGUGCAUAAUAUACCAAUGAACAUUUUUAAUAUAUAAAAAAAUAAAUUUGUAAGAUGCGUCUCA